GCCCCCCCGCCACUUCCGGGCGGCGGAGCGCGCCGGCGGCGCGGGCGGAAGCGCGGGGCACUUCCGGCGGCACUUCCGGCCGGGCCGGGCCCGCCGCCAUGGCCCCGCGGGCGCUGCCGCUGCUGCAGCCGGGGCGGCGGCCGCGCCCGGGACGGUGGUACCGGCUGAGCCCGCGCGGGGAGCGGCCCCAGGGCCGCGUGGGACUCGGCUGCCUCCCGCUGCCCGGCCGCGUCCUGCUGCUGGGCGGUGCCGACCCCGCCGGGGCCUUCGCGGACGCGCAUUUCGUGGAGCUGGCCCCGCUCCGCUGGGUCCCCGCCGCCUGGCGCGGGCUGAGGCCGCGCUACGAGCACGCCACGUUCCUGCCCGCCGGCGGCCCCCCGCGCCUCUGGGUGUUCGGCGGAGCCCACCCCGCGGGGAACCGCAGCUGCGUUCAGGCGCUGGAUCCCGAAAUAGGAACGUGGGAGAGCCCUGCCGUGAGGGGGGUGCAGCCGCAGCCUCGGACAUUCCACACGUCCUCGGCGGCCAUCGGGGCCCGUCUGUUCGUGUUCGGGGGUGGAGACAAGGGCGCAGAGCCGGUUAAGGACCAGCGGCUUCACGUGUUCGACACAGCCACCCUGACCUGGUCCCAACCCGAGACUCAUGGUGAUCCCCCUUCUCCUCGGCACGGACACGCCGUGGUUGCAGUUGGGACCAAACUCUUCAUCCAUGGGGGUUUAGCUGGAGAUGUUUUUCACAGUGACCUGUUCUGCAUCGAUACAACUGACAUGAGGUGGGUGAAGAUCCCGGCCACUGGGGAUGUCCCUGGAGGACGGGCAUCCCACUCCUCGGCAGUGUUCCAGGACCACGUGUACAUUUUUGGUGGAAUAGGUCCAGAUGGGACACUGGAUACUACGUACAAGUAUCACACAGGAAGGCAGCAGUGGACACUCCUGCAGUUUGAAUCUCCCCUGCCCAGCGGGAGGCUGGACCACGCCAUGUGUGUCAUUCCCUGGCAGGCUGGGGACACAGGAGACACCCCAGCUGGGACAGAGCCACCUGUGGCAGCAGGUGACAGAGCUGAGCCCCUGCAGCCGGGCCUGGCUCAGGGCUGUGCUGAGGACACCUUUGUGCACCUGCUGUUCGUGUUUGGGGGCAUGGACACACAGGGGCAGAUACACAGGGACUGCCUGGUCACCCUCAUCGAGUAAUGUCCCCACAGCAGCUGCCUCUUCCCGUGGGGUUACUUCUGUCCCUUAAACACCUUGGGCACGGUGCUGGCACCCCUGAGGGGCAGGGGCUCUGCCUGCUGCAGCCCCAGCCCAGGGACCAUGGCAGGAGCCAGCGUGUUCAGGGCACUACCGGAGCUGGCACCAGACAAGGUCAUUGUGGACUUAACUAAUCCCAUGGAUUGGAUAAGGAUCAGUUAAAUAAAGAGACCAAAUUUCAA